GGAAGACACCAUGGCCGCGAGCCCCGGAGAACGGCGGCUCUUCGUGGGCGGCCUCGGGCCCUCGGUCACGCAGGAGGACGUGCGUGCGCAGCUGGGCCGCUUCGGGGCCGUGUCCUCCGUGGAGCUCGUGUCUCGGGUCAACGAGCUCGGGCUCCCGGAGAAGACCUUCGCCUACGCCAACGUGCGCCUCUCGGAAGGCGACCUGAAGAAGUGUAUGUCCGCUUUAAACAAGACCACCUGGAAAGGCGGCACCCUGCAGGUCCAGCUGGCCAAAGAGAGCUUCCUGCACAGGCUGGCAGAGGAGAGGCUUCGAGCCAAAGCGCAACAGGAGGCCUGCCCACAAGGGGGCAGCACAGCCAAGCCGCCGACGGUCCUGGAGUUCCACAUGAAAAAAGCUGUGCCGGGAACGGAGGUGCCGGGACACAAGGACUGGGUCGUGAGCAAGUUUGGGAGAGUUCUGCCCGUCCUUCACCUGAGGAGCCAGAACCGGCGUAAGAUCUUAAAAUACGAUCCGUCUAAAUAUUGCCACAACCUAAAGAAGUUUGAGCAAGACGUCACAAACACCGUCUCCGUUUCUGACCUCACUUGGAAAUUGGAAGGGGGAGAUGACGUGAUGAGUAAGAAGCGACAAGGGCAGUUCCCCACCUUUAGAAGCCAUCCAGCCAAGAGAGCAAAGGUGGAGGGCAGCCCUUGCCCCUCCUCCCGAGCCACGGGCCGUCCUGAGCCGCCAUCUCCAGCCCAUCCAAACACAGCGCGUCCCCAGCCAACGCUGUCUGAUGACGAUGUUGAUUCUGAAGAAGAAUUGGAAGAUGAUGCAAAAAAAUCCGGCCCCCUCCCGGCAAAUAAGAAAGGUUCCUUUGAAGUGGCGCAGUACAAGCCAAACCUGGAGGGGGGGACACCCAGAAGACCCCAGGCCCCUCACUCAGACAGCCCCGCCCAGCUUGCCAAAGACGACCGGGAGUACGACUCGGGGGACACGGACGAAAUCAUUGCCAGCAGGAAAAAUGGCGACCAGAGCAAAGACGAGCCAAAAACGUCACCAAAAGAGAAACCCAAAGCAAAAGCAAAGGCCUUUGUGAGAAAUGGAACAAAUUGUGCCCGUGUUACCCGUGGGAGUAACAAAAGGGAGUCAGCCGAUUGUACAAAGCGCAUCACUAAAAAGUCAGGGGGAGCGCCCCCGGGAUGCGAGGAUGGUGAGUCUGAGGAGGAUCUAGAUUACGAAGCCAUGAUGACUAACUGCUAUCACCUGGACCUCACUUUGGCCGACUUGGAAAAGCUGGCAACCGAAGCAGCUGAGGGCCCCGGGGGGAGCGUCCGACGGGCUGGGCGGGCGCUCCCUGAGGGAGAGGGCCCCGGUUCUGGCCAGAAGACUAAGAAGGCUCCUAAAGGGGCCCGGUGCAUCGAUCCCAAGGACAUCCUGGCUUCCCUCUUAGAAGGGGAGGAGAAAAUCAGGAAACAGAACCCAUUGGAGGAAAGUACACCAAAAGCCAAGUUUCAGGCUUUCAGAGGGGUGGGGGCACUCUAUGGCGGGGAGACUCCAAAAAGGCCCUUCAGGAACGGAGGAAUCACCGCUCACGUAAAAGCACCCAGUUCUCCGAAUCAGGCAGCGUCUCCUGUUGGUUCUCUGGGAAAACAAGCCUUCGAUUUGAAUACUCCUUUCAGGGAUGAAAUAUCCAUGCCCCAAGAUGGGAGGGAAGCGGAGGGGGCAAACAGCCCUCCACAUCAUCCUAAAAAACCGCCAAGGAGGCAGGCAGCCAGUGGAGAGCAGCUUGGUGCUGGACCCUCCCCCUCCCCUGCUUCUGCUUCUGGCCUGUCCCCGUCGGGCACCAAGAAGCCCCCGAGGCUUUCUGCAGAGACUUGUAGGAUGGACUCGGGAGGGCAUGGUGACUUUGGAGCCCCUGCAGUGGGAGACCCCCGCCGGGAAAGGGGUGAUCCCGUCACCCUCGGACAUCCACCAGGGGGGGCCUCUUCUCGUGUGCCAGAGAAGGACCCCCGGGGAACGGUCCAGAAGGAGCCGGAAGGUCCACGUGAUGCUCCUGCCAAUGCCAUCGGCCCUCAGAAGCCCUCUCAGGAUAAUGAGAAGCGCUUGGCGGCCUUGGAGGAGAGGAAGCGAGCACGGGAGCUGCAGAAGCAACUGGUGCACAGUGCUCUCUCCGGCUUGGAUGGCCGGCCAGUGAGCAAACCGACGCACAUCCUGUUCAACUCCGACAGCGAAGAGGAGACGGAUAUGAAAGAUGACGCCCACAAGAAGCCCCUUCCGGACAGUGGCGGCAAACGAGAUUCUAAAGCCUCCGGGAGACUCUUUGAGAGCAGCGAGGACGAGGAGGAGACGGAAGAGGACCAAGCGCGCUUCCAAAUUAAGCCCCAGUUUGAAGGCAAAGCUGGAAAGAAGCUCAUGAGCUUACAGUCCCACUUUGGCGCCGAUGACCGGUUUCGAAUGGACGCUCGCUUUCUGGAAAGUGAGAGCGAAGAGGAAGACGAAGAGCUAAAAGACGCCCCGACGGCCGAGGAGGAGGAGCUCGUGGCGGAGAAGAAGAAGAACCUGGAGCUGCUCAGGAACAUCCUGCACGUGGGCCAGGCUCCAAAACCCGGCCGAGAGGAAGUGGCCUCCAAGCGCUUCAGGAACGUCGUGCGCUAUGAUCCGACAAGGCUGGACCACGCCACGUUCGAGAGGAAAGCCGAGCCCGAGGAAAAGGAGAGCAAAGCCAAGCGCAGGAAGAAACGGGCCGAGGCCGAGGCGCUGCCGGCCGUCUCCAAGGACCAGUACUACAGCAUCGCCGCCGACCUCAAGGAGCGGUUCCGGGCCCCGGAGCCAGAGCCGGCGGCGGGAGCCGGCAGCCCUGACAGCGAGACUCCCGAGGCGGGGGAGAUGGCCGGCCCCCCACCGGGCUCCGGCGAGUUCACCUUCUCCUUCGGCCUGGACAUCGGGGAGCACGAGGAAGCUCCUUACAGGGUUGAGACCAAGACAGGGGGGCGCAAGGCCUGGCAGCAGGACCCCCGUUUCCAGGACAGCAGCUCGGAGGAAGAGGAGGAGAAGGAGGAGCCCCGGCUUCCAGAUGGGAGCACAGCAGCAGCCCAGCCAGAGGAGGUGCCAGCGUCCAAGGUUCUGAGCAGCAGGUUCUUCUUUUUCUCCGAGGACGAUGAGCGCUUACGGGUGGGUCCUGGGUCGUUCUGGCAAGGCUCCGGAAGCCAGCCCAGCGGUGAAGACUGGGAAUCCAGAACCCUGGCUCUGCUGCAGGACUGCCGCAAGAAACACAAAUCGGCCCGGAGGAAGGCCAAGCCCUAGGCCACGGCGCCCUUCCUGAGAGGCCUCAGAAGCCAGUCCCGCCUCGGACACGCGGCCGCUCGGCCAGGCCCCUGAACUGCCGCGAGGGCCCCGCGGGCUCCUGUGUCCUUACGAUCGGUGGGGGCUGAGGGCCCCGGCGAGCCCAGAGGCCCGAGACCCCGCCGGGCGUCGUCCUCAGACCCACCAGCAGAGGCGGCUUCCGCGUCUCUGUGGGCGCCAGACCUUUUGAACCAACGUGGCGUCGUCCUGAGCUGUGACAGAAGGCAAAAAGUUUAUUUUUCCAAAAGCCAGAGCGGCUGCCGGGCGACGCCCGAGGGGCCCCUCCCUGGGGCUCUGUCCCUGCUGGCCCAGCACCUCUGUGUAAAUAAGAUGACUAUUUAUUGACUGUG